AUGCCUUCUAUCCCCCACUGCCAUAAUGUUGUCUGCCGUUGUGCUCAAUGUAGCAGAAAUUCACAGGGAUACUCAUUGGUGACAAGCAAAACCGCUGAGCGCCAUAUUAGAAAAGAUGAGCUUGAGAGAAUAGAGAGACUGGAUAUAGCUGAAAGAUUGGCAAAUACUGUGCAAGAAGAACAAAUGAUGGACGUUGAUACCCAAUACAAUCAGGCCAACUCACCUGAUUCAAAUGCCACCAUGAUGGCUGACAAUGUCUCGGUAGACGAUGAGAUCAGCGAGGUCAAUGGCAAUGACUCUGAUAUUGAAAGAGACAUGAACUCUGACUCUGGCAGUGACCCAUUUGAUGCUCCUAACAUGUCUGAAAACCCUGUCUAUCAGUUCAUUGCUACCUUUGCCGUUCUUUUUAUCUCGUGUUAUGUUGUUAACAAAGGUGCCGCCAUAUUGAUUGAAUUUAUCAAUCAGUUACUCAAGAUCUAUGGCAAAGAUUUCCAAUUACUAACAAGUCUUAUUGGCCUGCAAAGAAUGACUGGUUUUUCCAAUUACGCCAAUGGUAUCAAGAAGUCUGUUGUAUGUGAAGACUGCCACAAGGUUUACAAACAAGAUGUGCCUCUCCCUACUCAUUGCGACUUCAAAAAGCAUGGUUCUUGA